AUGACCAACAAAGGACCGACCGGCUCUGGUUAUUGUAUACCUCUUCUAUUCUCUUGCCUUCGUCUUGGCGAAUCAGACGCUCCGUCUCUGUACUGCUUCGUCCUGAUCGACCCUGAAGCUCGCCAGUCGACGCAACCCAAAAAACGCCUUUUUUUCUUCUCUUUGCUUUUUGCAACGUUCUGCAUUCGUAUCCGCGAAAACUCCACUUACCCCGACCUUCUCUGGCGGCUGCCCGGCCAGAUGAGCCUCACCGCCGACUAUAAGACUGCUCAACAGCAGCACCUUGGCAGGAAGCCGGGUUCUUAUCCUGCAUACCGAUCUACCUUCUCGCUUAGAAUGCCUCCCGUGCCAAGCAGUGUGAUGCCCGAACCGUACGAGGCUUUCAGCUGA